AUCUUGGUGCCAUUUUGGCUCAAGAUCUGAUCAGCGAUCUCUUUUGGGAAUUGUGGGCCUGGGUGGUCAACCCUUCUACCGGCUCUUUUGCCAUGCCGAGCUAUCGUGGCGCUCGCGGCUCUGACGGUGGAUGGGGCUCACAAGACGAUCAGUGGGGCCGAAGUUACGGUAGAUCUACCAACAGCGCCCACAAUCCCUACGAGGUCAAGAUGCCGAGGUUCCUUGUGCCGAUCUAUGAAGGCCAGAAGUUCCCUGAAGACACCUCGAUCGUGGUCGUUGACAACCGCGAUGACAGGAUGGUGUCGCCUUUUCAGGCUUGGCUUGUUUCAGAGAUCAUGGCAAACGCUGCCAGCUCCAUCAAUGUGCUCACGGAGAGAGACCAAGUGAUGCCGCCUAGUUCAGGUUUUUCAGUGGCUCUUUUUGCCAACUAUACGCUGGACGGGAUCAAGGUGGUUUUGGCGCUCUCGCUCGAGAGUGAGACUGGCAUCACGUGCGCUGGAUGGGAUGGGGAGACAGCGUCAGCUCUGUCACACCAGGCUUUUCAGCCUUUCACGUGGCCUAUGCUCAGGGACACCUCGGCCAGCUACACAGACUUGAAGAUCUACAACGGGAAUGAAAUCCUGUUCCACUGGAUCUUCAGGGGCUUCAGAUCGGACACAGAUCUGACAGUUCAACAACAGUUCGUUGACGAGUACCUGAUCAGAGAAGUGAAGCAGGGCAAGCCGAGGCUCUCGGUGGUGAUCGCCGUGUUCAUCGGCUACAGGGUGUCAGUUCUGAGUUUUGAGUGCGGUGGUCGCACUUACUCGGUGGGACCCCGUGGCUCCGUGGUCGCAGGCGACUCUGCCCGAUCGCGGUUUGAGCUUCGGUGUUGUUCAAGGUCUACAGCAGACGCAGUUGGCAAUGACGCUGAUCGCGUGGAGUUCCGGUUCAGGGACUCCAACAACAGGAUAGACCUGAAGUGCUCCAGAACUUCGGUCCCGGGGACAUGGCUCACCGUGUCACAUAUCUCCGGACCGACUCUGAUCAAGACCAUCCAGUCGGUGAGGGAGAAUCGAGCUCGAGUGGAAGGUCCCGAGCAGACCGAGCAGUUCGCGCAGCUCGCCGCCAUUCAUCAGACUUGGUGGGAAUCAUCGAUCGCCAACAGCGAAGAUCAGGUGGGCAGCAUGGUGGUGUUCAUCCCCGGCAUGGAGGAGGGCAACUUCCACGUGCAGGCUCGGUCGAAGCUGUUGGUGAGAGAUCCAGAGGUCGUGCCCGUCAAAGCUCUGGCAGAGAUGCAGCAUGACGAGGCUGUGAAAGCUCCCACAGGUCCCCCCUCUUUGACAGGGGAGGCAUGGUUGAGCUCAGCCGAGGAGGUCGCCAACAGGUCCAGUGCUGCAAGAGGAUCGGAAGAGAUGGUGCCAGUUCGGCAGCAAGCCAACUACGAGCUCAACUCAAGAUCCUUUGCGACCAAGCAUCCUCAAGAGGGGAAACGUGGUCACGUUGUGGACGACGAACGAGAUCGCGCCCGUUGCGAUCGCAGGUUUGCAAGAUCCACAGCUCAGCUCACGCCCCAGUUGUUCUAUGAGGAGAUCUCCAGGCGAUCGUACAAUGCAUCGACUGCGACGAUCGAGGAGAUUGACGCAGAUCCUCCCACUCCGCCAGCUGACUUGUCGUUCUGGGUCGAGGGAGCUGUGAAGGAAGAAGUGGUGGCAGAUCGUCCUGUCCUCAGCCAAGUUCCUCACAGCACUCCUGCAGUUGGAUCCAACGAGGGAGGUGGGCAAUCGACACCAGCCACAGCUCCUCAGUCUUUUGGCCCGCCGGGUCUGGCUGCCAAGGAUGACAAGGAGGUUGGAUCCCCAGUGCUGAUCAUGCACGGGCUGUGGGCGAUCGCUCCCGGGGCCUCAGGGGAUACAGCGGAUCACAAGCUGUGCCUAAUCCUGUCUGCUCUGACCCAAAAACAAGAGGUGAUGGAUCAGAUCCUUAGUCGGCUGGAUAUGGUCAACGUCCUGGCCUCUAUGGUGUCCAGAUCGACGGAGAAGAUCCGCCGUGAGAUAGCGGUAGACUGGGCUAUGGGUACGCUGAGCCGGCGUCGAUCGCUGCUAAGCGUAAGCCCGUGGUCAGCCCGCUUCCUACGCCAGCUCCUCCGGCAGUCGGAGCCAGACCUUCGGGCAGCUCGCCUCAAGAGCUUGGCAUUUGAGGUAGGCGGGUUCCGCACCAUCAGGCAGAAUGUUCGAUAUUGGGAGAAGUUUGAAGAGUGGUCGAUCGGCCACGGACUGCGUGUGUACCCGCCCACGAUCGUGGCAGUCAUGAGAUAUGCACUGCACUUACGCGAUCAAGGGUGCGGUCCCUCCAUCUUGCCCGCGUUCAAGUACGCACUGGGGUGGAUAUGCAAGAGGCUCGUCAUGCAGACCCCGAACAUGGCAGAUCCGCAGCUCAAGGCCAUCAUCGACGAGGUCUACAACCUGCGGGGCAAGGAGCUCAAAGAGGCGGUCCCUGUGCCGCCGAAGAUGGUUCUUGCCCUUGAGCUCCUUUGCAUGAGGCUCAUCAAGGAGAAGAAGGAUGCAGCUGCGAUCUUCGUGUGGUGGGUGCUCAUCCUUAUCUAUGCGUCGCUCAGGUUCGACGACGGGAUCCACGUAGCCCCGCUAUCACUGCAGAUGAACCAGGACGCUCUCCUGGGCGUGGUAUGGCAGACCAAGGUCGAAAGGAAGAAGCGAGGCACAAGAUUCGCAGUGCCCGCAUGUUCUAUGUCGGACCAUGCCUGGCUCGAAGAAGGGUGGAAGAUCUUCCAGCCGUUCAUCUCUGAGAGGGAUUAUUUUAUUUGGGAGAUCAAGAAUGAGAAAGAGUUCUCAGCAGCUCCUAUCUCAUACUCGAGAGGAUUGGCCUGGCUCAAGCACUUUAUGCUCCUGGGCCUUGCAGAAGCAACCAAGCUCGGCUAUGUGGCGGCCAAUGAAGUUGAUCAGCUGGAAGGAAGCAUCCAGGUGAUCACUUGGCACUCUAUGAGAGUCACCAUGCUGUCGGAGGCGGUGAAAGCGAAUGUCGACGACAAGAUCGUCGGCUUGCAGGCCAAUUGGAAGGAUCCGAGCCAAUUGGUCCUGAAGUGCGCCCGGCAGCGCAAGGAGCUCUCAGUGGCCAUGGUCAAGCAGAUGGCGAGCAAGCUCAAAGACGCAUGGCUCCCAGAUCCUGAGAAGUUCGUCGUUGAAGAAGAAGACGAGGAGGUCACGGAGCCGAUCGUGACUGAGUUCAUCGUCAAGGCGACUUUGCCAGAGAAAGCUCUGGUAUCAGCUGACUUUAGUUGUGCCGUAGCAAGGCUCAGAUUUGAUAUAGGGAUUCAAGUGCCCAAUAUGGUCGAUCGAACCGUCUACGCCGAUGAUGCUCACACGCCCAAGAUCGCGCUUAGGCAGAUCUUUGGACGCAUGGGCCUGCCACAGGCCCUGUGCCGUUCGGCAGCAGACGGGGGGCUACUAUCUGUGGAGAUCUUUGCAAUGCUGGGAGACACUGCACAGGCAGUGAAAACCUCGCUCAGGACUAUGAUUGCCGAGGCAGAUCUUGGCACGACAGAUGCUGCCAGAGAGCUCGCAUUGAUGCAGCUCGCAGCAGUAUGGCAUGCAUGCCACGCUCUACAAGGGCAGUUCGCCACUCGGCGUGCGCGCAUGGAAGAGGACCCCAACAAGGUUCCAGAGAUGGCGCAAGAAGAUCACGCUGAGUUUCGGGCGCGCUUUGUUCAAGCCCAUCCAGAUGUCAUUUUGCUGGAUGCUAAAGAGCCUCACAAGAAGUUCGUGGAGAAGCUCAGCCGCGAUUUCUUGGUUCACGGCAUGGCGGAUGAACCUGAUCAGGUCACCGACUCUGUGACUAUGAUGAACAGGAUCCAUGCCUUUUUCAUGGCCUUGGAAUAUCUCAACAUUUGCACAUACUCUCGUGCGGCUGGCCCAUUGCGCUACCUGCAGGAGCUCGAGCAAUUUCGCUCGGAAUGCCCGGGCCUGCCUUACCUUUUGGCUGCUGACUCCUUGAUCAGGAAGAAGGUCAACAGGUUGCAGGCUGAGCAGCGCCAACUUUAUGGUACGUUCGAGGACGCCAUCAUCGAGGUCCUGAACAACCACAAGUACCUUUGGAACGACGCCCGAACAAAGGCAGUUCUUUCCAAAGUCGAUCGGCGCAGAGAGGACGCCAGCGAGACUGGCGAUUCACAAGACAAGGUCGUCGAAGCGGCGCCCAAGAGCUCUCCCAACAAAGAUAGAAAGAAGCGCCAGCGGCUCCGCAACAAGGCGCUCCUCCGUGAAGCCAAGGAGUCUAAAGUCAAGAAGGAUCCAGCUGACAAAAAGUCAGCCUCAGCAAGAGAUGAGAAGGUCAGCAAGGACAAGCGGAUCCCAGACACAGAGUGGAAAGCGAUCGUGCAAGCCGCCAGCUCCGUGUCUGGCCCAAAGAGGUGUCAUUAUUUCAACUCCACCAUGGGAGAGGCAGGGCUGACACAAGCCAUCAUUGCUCGUGGUAUUAAGGCCCUGCCCCCUAUUGAGAUCUUGGCCAACGAAUUUGUCGUCGAAGAGGUGAAUAUUUUGGAUCCCAAGGUUUUUCAACAUUUGUGCAAGUUAAUUCGCGCGGGGUGCAUUUUCUUUAUUCAUUUUGGCACACCCUGCUCCUCAUUUAGCCAAGCUCGCAAAGAUGAUGGCGGCCCACCACCGUUGCGUGAUCGACACAACCUGUGGGGACGCCCAAAACUAUCUCGACAGGAUCAAGCAAGAGUCGAGUUGGGCAACCAGUUCAUGGAACUCACAGUAGAGCUCUUGGUUUUAUGUUGCCAGUUCGGCGUCCAUUGGUCGCUGGAGAACCCGGCAUCAUCCUUCUUGUGGGACAUGCCACCAGUUCGCGCCCUGGCUGCUCGCGCUGGAGUGGGUCGGUUCAUUUUGGACAUGUGCAGGUUCCAAUCUAAACACAAGAAGCCUACAGCGCUCCUGUCUGAUUGCGACCUUAGUGCGCUGGCGCUCGCCUGUGAUCUGGAUGUGCAGCCUCAUGUUCACGAACCCUUGGUGGGCAUGGUCAUGUCUCAGGGCAAGAAGAUUUUCAAAACCAAGUUGGCUCAGGUCUAUCCGCCGCUUCUCUGCCAAGCAUGGGCGAAGGUGAUCGCAUGUCUGCAGGUCGAGAUGGAACCUGGACAAGCUGUUCAACGAGCUUUACAAGUUCCACAUCCUUUUACUUUGGAUCCAGCGCUUGAUCCCGAUCUUCAAGAGCUCCGUGCCAUCCAUGAUCCCUACCUGCGGUCGCUGCUGCGCGGAGCACCUGAUGACCAACCUGUUCAGAUCGGCACGGUCACACAAGUCGCAUUGUGGCGGGAGCUGCUCGCUGCUAGCCGCUGUAUUGACAGCUCACUGGUGGACGAGAUGAUCAAUGGCUUCUCCAUUGUCGGCGACAUCAAGCGCUCAUUUCGUUGGCCGCGAUUACCGCUGCCUGAUGAUGCUCUGCCGGAACAAGAUCUUGUUUCGCGGGCCUGGGAGUUUUCCAACAAGGUCUUGAAGAACGUAAAAAGAUCAGAAGUGACGGAGAACACCUCCAAGAUCUGGGAGGCAACUAUGGAAGACGUCCGUGAAGGAGUCACUGCAGGUCCUUUCUUCUCAAAAGACGAGGUCGACAAGUUCCUCGGCACUGAAGAUUGGAUCCCGACCCAGCGGUUCGAAGUGGUGCAGAAGAACAAGGUCAGAGGUGUGGACAGUGCCACGAUCAAUGGCAUCAACAUGGCUUCCAGGAUCCUGGAAAAGAUUGAGCUGCCAUCUACGGACGCGAACGUGUCUGCUUUGAGGUGGAUGAGGUCAUCGUGCUCUAGCUCCACUAAACUGCAAGGGUGGGUUCUGGACGAAAGGAAAGCUUAUCGCCAGAUUCCUAUCCACCCUGAUCACCGGAGAUGGAGCGUGAUCUCGCUUCGCGAACCUGACACAGGGAAGGUCUCAUUUUUCGUCAUGAUUGGUCAUUCUUUUGGAUUGGUAGCGGCGGUCUACAAUUACAAUCGUAGAUCUGCGGCUAUGACCGAUAUACUUCGCAGGGUCUUUUUCGUGGCGGCUUUCAACUUCUACGAUGAUAAGUACGGGUUCGAAACCGAAGUCACCUGCUCUUCAGCCUUCGAGAUUGCUCAGAAGGUCCACUGGUGGCUAGGUGCCAAAUUCGACCCCAAGAAGCUCCAGCUCUGCGAGGACCCCACGAUCUUAGGGGUGACCUACAAUUUGAAAGCUAUGUGCCUGAAGAUCAAACCUUCGAGAAAGGAGGAGCUGCUGGACGAGAUCAAGUCUAUCAUCUCCUCCGAGAUCUUGUCGCCUGGCCAAGCAGGCAUGUUGCGCGGCAAGCUCAUGUUUGGCGCUUCACAGUUGUGGGGGAAGAUUGGUAGGGCCUUUCUGAGAGCUCUCUCGGAGAGGCAGUACACGAGAUCUCCCGAGACUGGUCUCAACCUUGCGCUCAAGCUCGCGCUGAAACAGUGGGAGCUGCUGAUUGAUCAUGGUCCUCCGCGGCCUAUUACUGCAUCGGGCGCUCGACCUGCUGAUUACGUCAUCUUCACGGAUGGCAGCUUCCCUGAUCAGAAGAGCGACUUGCAAGAUCCUUGGAUUGGCGGCGUGUUGUUCAAGAAAGGCGCUAGACCGAUCCAGUUCGGAUGCAAAGUGGGCAUGGACUUGAUCGAGAAGUGGAUCCCGCGGAAGUCACAGAUCGCCAUGGUCGAACUCUUCGCUACAGUCGUGGCGCUCCAGACUUUCAAGCCUUGGAUCUCCAGCUCUUGGUCCCUGCUCUUUGUGGACUCUGAACCUGUUCAAGAUCUUGGUGCCAUUUUGGCUCAAGAUCUGAUCAGCGAUCUCUUUUGGGAAUU